AUGUCCGUCCCGAAUGCCGAUUUUCGACAGGAACUAAAGGUUACGGAGUACAAAUAUGCGAAGCAUUGCAUCCGCCAACGGCAAACACCAGAAAGGUGGUACGAACAGAUAGAUCAGGGUGAUCCUUAUAAAGACAGCGAGACUGGGAAAAGAUUGAAUCAAGGCUUAUCUCCAAGAGCCCCGCAUGCUGGCAUCCCGACAUUCCGAAUGUCUCACAGGAGUUCCGAGUCCACCGCCAACCCCGUGGAGGAACAGCCCAAUGUUUCCCUCCUUCCUGUUACCACUGACAUCACCGAGGAACUCCCCUCUCUGGACACUCCGCCCCCACCAUAUGGAGCCCCCAGCAGGCCCCGUACUCCAGACGAUGUACGAACUGUUCCUGCCCCUGCAAACGUCUUCGUCAACCAACCCAGACCAUCUACCACCGUCCCCCCUGACUCAGUGCUGUACUCCAUCACUCGUCCCAAUUGGACCGGGACAAAGCAACAGGGAAAACGAAACACGUUUUGGAGACGUGCUCGGGUCCCAAUUUGGAGGCCUAGGUGUUAUGGUAUCCUCAACACAAAAAUCCAUACGACGCUCCGAAAAACGUUCAGUCAAUCAACAAAUGAGCAUACUUAUGGUUAUAUCGUUGACUUCGGUGUCUGCAACGGCAUUUCUAUCGGGGUUGAGCAAGGAGUGCUCGAUCUAAUUCGCAUCAGCGUGCCGUCAUCUCAACCCGUAAAAUGGAAAGUCAUAUAUGAGUCCGCGAGGGCACAAUCCUCAUUGGAACCGGCAGAAGUUGCAUGGAUGCUGUCAGGGUAA